CUGAUAAGACAUGCUCUUAUGUUCUCACAAAGCCUUGUUAUGGAGAUCGGUUACCCAGCGGUGCACAGAGUGUGACUGGAAUAGUCUCAUUAUUGGAUUUUUAAGAUGGAGAUUAAUGGCACACUGAGUGAAACACAGAUUGAUGUUCUGUCUUACGUAUACAUAUCCUUACUGAUUCCCAGUGUGACUGGAAGUUUCUCUGUCCUGAUGGUUUCCAUAGUUAGAUGGAGGAAUCUCCAAGAACAGGUGCACCUCCUUGUGCAGCUUGUCCUGGCAGACCUCCUGGCUGCACUCAUCCUGAUGUCCACUAGCAUCAUGAAUCUAGUUAACAACGUCUACAAUGUAAUCAUCUGCCAAUAUGGUCUGCCUCUGUCACUGACAUUUUAUUUUAUCUCAUUUCUGCUGGUGGUGGUUUAUGCGUGGAAGUCUAAGAAAGUAAUACAAGGAUGGAGAGCAAGACCAGCAGAGGAUGAAGUUAUUCAGACUCGAUGUAGAAGACAAAUUUUAGCUUUACCUACAUAUGCUUUAUAUGCUGUUGUUUGGUUGAUUCCCAUUGCGAUAUACUUAGUGUAUGUGCGCACCCCCUUUAUAAGUGCUGGUCUGCUGGAUAAGGCAAGUAACGGAGCACUGGGUAUGAUGGGAGACACUGACUUGAAAUACUGCACCAGUUGUAUUUUGUUCUUGCACUUCUGGAAAGACCCCUGCCCAAAAGCUGAACAAAAACAUGAUGAUUUCAUCCGAUUUUUCCUUGUUCUCCUGGUGAUACCGGUGUUACUUUCCUGUUCUGUGAUUUACUAUAAUGUCGGUAAAUGGUAUGAAAGACAGGAGCAGGAAGUGCUUUUUCCCGUGGAAGGGGAUGGACAGUCAAGAAGGAGAUUCAAAAGAGUGUUUUCUACAGCAAGAAAUAUGGUGCUGGUCAUUUUAAUCUGCUGGACACCAGCUCUGAUCCUCAUUCUGCUGUCGAGCCUGAAAAACACUCAACAGCGGAGUCUAUUUGUCCUUUAUGUAAUACAGGCUGCCACUGUGUCCCUGCAAGGCUUUCUGAACAGUAUGGUGUACGCAUGGAAACGACCCAACUUCACAGAGGCCGUUCUAGGGGAGAACACACCCCUGGUGGCGUACGACCGCCAAGCUUUUUUUGAGGAAUCACUGAGGGGCACAGUUUGAAUAUUGACCAUAAAAACCCUGAGAUUCAUUGUUUUGCUGUGACAUAACAUAUGGGAAUGAGGAAGGACUGACUAUACCUGUAUAGUCAUGAAUCUGGGUAUAUUACAAGGAACUGAAACAGACUGAAACAGCAAAUGAUAUAAUUUUGGGACUGAAGACACUUUGAAGAAACUUUAGUCACUUUGUCAUUGAGCAAGGUCAUAAUAAAAUGUAGCAUGCAAGGAACUUAGCAUAAAAAGGUAGAAUAUUAUAGAUUAUAUAUUUAUGUUGCAUUGUUAAAGAUUUCAUUGUCUAGACUCUUUUAAAUUAUCAUGAAUUUAUAUUGUCCGGUAACUUUUUAAUAAAGCUCUUUAUUCUGAACAGAAACUGGGUCAUUAUGAACUGCCUUACGUAAGUAGCUGUCCAAGUCAAGAAUGAUGGAAAACCUGUUAGGGUAACAUAAGUGUGUGUGCACAUGUCCAUUGUCAUUUUACAGAUCUCACCUGUGACAGAGCAGUCUUCAGUGUUUCAGGCUGAGGAGUACAUUACAUGUUGAAAGUGACAGCUUUAGUAUUGCAUACGUGAAAGAGGACAUAGACAGUUAACGUCUCUCAUAAAAAGUAAAGUGCAGUUCAAAUGGAUUUCAACAUAACAUAAAGGGACAUAAAGUACACAUAGUACAAGCUCAUAUUAUAGGAUCUAUAACUCUGGGAGUAUCAAAGCAUGUGUCUUGUUCUUUGCAUUUGACUGUGUGUUAAUGAUUGACAUAAUGUAGUCUCUGGUCACCUGACAAACACACCCACAGUGUUCUCGAAGCCACACUCACCUGUAUGAAACACAUGCAUAUGCUGUAAAAACAGUAAGAAAACACAUUUAAACAAAAAACUUGAAUAAAUGAAGUAUUUGUUUUAGUAUUCUUCAGGUCAUAUGUAUUAAUUGUGUGUAACUAGAAGGGCACAGACCUAUUAGUUUUUUUCUCUCCUUUUACUCUAACCUGUUUUCCUGCUUUUUUGUCAGUUGGUGCCAGCUGGUUACUUAAUCUGACUUCCUUUCACUUCAGCUGAAUUCAACUGGUGCCAGAUAAUUACCUCCACCAAGAAUAACCUACAUUUGUCUGUCUGUUGGCAGGAUUAUGCACUGAUCUUCAUGAAACUUGACACUUAUGUCAACAUUGUAGAAACCCAAGCUAUAACUUAGAAAGGUAAAAGUCAAGUGACUCAAAUAAAUAAACUAACCAGUGGCCAAAACACCGGUUACCAUGUGCGGCAAUCUGUGCUUGACUUUGUAAUUCUUCUGCUUCAUGUUGCUGAGCUCCUGUUUUAUUAUGGUAAAUAUUCAGCCCAGGAAAGCACAGCAAACAUCAGGAUAUGAUGAUAAAGAUGAGUGAUUACAAGAAAUCCAACAAUAAAAAGUAAUAAAUCUGGUAAUAAAAGGCUCAACACAGUUAGUCAUGGGCACCUAUUGACCUUAUUUGAUUCUUUAUAAUCCAUUAUCUGAUGUGACCCAGAUAUCCAAACUAUUCAAAGGUAUCAUACGCUAUAAAUAACGACUGUGUUCUCAGCAGAUAUGCAGCACUAGGGCAAGACAAAGAUUUGAUAAAUUGUGUUCCUUAAAAUGUAAAGUAACUUACAUAAGCACAUUUAAUAUCACUGUUUAUUCUUAAUCACACCAUACUGACGGUCAAACACCAAGUGCAUGACAACAUUAGCACCAACACUGAAGUGACAGGACUGCGUGUUCAUGUGUUUACGCGUAGUUGCUCCAUUAAUUAUCAGCCCAGUGAAUUUCCAGAAUAUGAUGAGUGUACCUUACACAUUUGCUGACUAAACUCAGAGUCUGUAGUUUAGAAAUGACUAGAUUUCUAAAUGUGUUCUGUGCUCCAGAUUCAAAGUUAUCAUAGUUUGGCACACUGAACACAAAGCUGUGACUGUGGGAAAACGGAACAUACAGCAAGACAACAGAUACACUGGAGGGACUUACAGACCUACAGAAAUUCAUGGUUUUCACAUCAACACAUUUUCUGAUCAUCAUUCAUUAACACUGUCAUAUAUACAACAUGUAAACAAUCAGACAGUCCAUCCAAAGUGUACAAUGUGAGCAGCCACAUAUAUAAGACGUGGUCAUUUAAGGUCCAAAUCUAUUGUAAUAUUAGUAUUAGAUUAUUAGUUUGUAUUUUUUUAUUACCUGAUAGCACAGAACUUGUUUAAUUUUUGCGUGCAGUCUAAAAUGGGAACUCAAACCAGGGUUUUUUAAACGUUUGACAGGAUCAUCCUG